CGUGUGGCGGAGACGAGGAGGAUAAGCUCGUUUGGAGUCCCGACUUCUCUCCCCUGCUCGGUCUCGUCUUACCCGAUGGGAACUACCGCUCGCUUCCUCCACUUCCCUCCUCCCCUCCCUUCUCCUACCCGGCCCAAACCCCGACCCCUCUUCUCCCUCCUCCGCCCUUCCCUCGCCCUCUCUCCCAACUCUCCCCUCCCGCACAAGUUCCCAUCGCUCACUCUCUCUCUCGGACCCAACCACAAACACCUUGCCCUCCCUCCCCAAGCCCUCUCCAAAACCUCCUCUCUCCCGCUGCCUCCCUUCGACCUCGACCUCGACCUCGACCGUGUUACCCCUCUCGCCAUCUGCAAGUGGUCCGCGGUCCUCGCCAUCGCCAUCGCCGCCGUCAAGAAGGCCGUCUCUCUCGUGCUCAACCCCUUCUUCUGGACCUAUUUUAGCUGGACCUGGAUCUUCUGGCCCUGGAUCUCCGCCGCUGCCCUCGCCGCCUAUGGCCUCCUCUGCUUCCGCAAGCACUCCCUCAGCCGCGCUUCGAUCCUCGAGCAGCUCGCCGUCGUUACCGCCGCCGUCGCCUGGCUCACGGUCGUACCCCCGGCCCACUUCAAUGGUUUUCUUGAGGGCUGGCCCGUUGUCCUCUUCUUCGUUUACCACUACUUCUUCUUCUUCGAGUCGUCCGUCCGCCGACGCCUCUACGGUGACCUCUACGCCCGCCCGCACGACACCAAGUGGGACGUCCGCCUCCCCGGCCCUUUCCAGGUCGGCUUCGCGGUCCUCGUGUUGGUCGGUCAUUGGCUUGCGGCGUACGAGGGGCCUGAGCUGCACAUGAUAUCCGGCGGGUGGGCCAAUGCGGGUGUCUGGGCUCUGGUCGCGGUGACGCUCUUCAUGCGGUACCACUCGGUUCUCUAUCUGGCGAAUUACUCAGAGAAGGUGGUGGUGCCGACGGCGGUGGUGCAGUUCGGCCCCUACAGGUGGGUGCGUCAUCCCAUCUAUGCUUCGACGAUGCUGCUGUUCUCACUGCAUUGCAUCACCCUGCGGGCGCCGCUCAGUUUGCUGUUCCUCGUUGCUGUUUGUCUGGUCUACUACGGGCGGAAGGCAGAGUUUGAGGAAGCGUUGAUGGUGGAGUCCUUCGGAGAAAGGUAUACAGAGUACAUGAACAAGGUCAGAUAUAGGCUAAUCCCUUUUGUUUAUUGACUUGUAAUUUAGUCUAUGACAUUUGCUUGGUUCUCUCAAUUGAAAUUUUGCUCUUUCUAGUUGAGAUGUGGUUGAUGGUCUCUUGUAUUAAACCUUGGUGAUCCUAAUACUAUCAUUGCCCUGAGAUCAUGCAAACUACUCAA